AUUUUACGCACACGUAGAGCUAGAAUUUAGACGUUUUUGUUAAAGUGCCAACACUGAACCCCCUGUCCACUAAACAGUUAGACAAGUCCAGCAUAAAAAUCACAACAGUAUUUACAGACACGGUGCAUUUGCUUGAGAAGUUACACCUCAAAAUGAAAGCAUCGAUGUAAAAGUCUUUUAAUUGCAUGUUCAUAGGGAGGAUGAUGUAGCCACGUGACCAGAGGAGCCCAGCUCUGAUCUGGACACAUUUAGCCCCUGUAUCCGGACUUUCCAGUUUGCAGGAUGUUUUGCGUCUGAGCGCACGGGUGGUCCACAGAGAAGGGCGGAUAGAUUAUCGAGGACACUUUGUCAAACGAAAAUGUCCUCACCGACGUCCAGACGGAAUAGUUGCCGUGGUACUGGUUCUGGAAGCCGCGCAUCAUCUGAGUGCCAUGUCCGCCGCCGGGCCUCCAGCUGUUCUUACUUCUCCUCUAGCGCUCAGACUGAAGACUUCUCCGUCAGUCUGAGCCAGCCGAUAUUCACCAUAACGCUCCGGUUCUUGCUGGCGAUAGACCUGUGGCUGUCCAAGCGGCUCGGGAUGUGCGCCUGUGAGGAGUCUCCGUGGGGCAGCAUACGGCCCUUGGUGCGGCUGGUGGAGUUCUCCGGGCAUGUCAUCCCGUGGCUCUUCGGCACUCUGUACACUCUGCUCCGUGGAGAGACGGUGGCAGAGCAGGAGAUCAUGCUGAAUUUGGCUCUGGCCCUGUUGUUGGAUCUGCUACUGGUCAGAGUUGUGAAGACCCUGGUCCGACGUCGAAGACCUGCCCAGAACCGCUCUGACAUCCUCUCCACCUUCUUCGUGGAGCGCUAUUCCUUCCCCUCAGGCCACGCCACACGGGCAGCCAUGUGUGCCCGCUUCCUCCUAUCCCAGCUGGUGGAUACAGCCUCCAUGCGGGUUCUCGUGGUGGGAUGGGCCAUUCUGGUGAGCCUGUCCCGGCUGCUGCUUGCCAGACACUAUGUGACAGAUGUGGGCUUUGGCUUGGCUAUGGGUUACUGCCAAUACAGCUUGGUGGAAAAGCUGUGGGUGACCUGGGACUGCCUCCAGGACAUACUGCUCAUGCGACUGCGAGAGAGAAUCAACAGGGCUUAUGGUGGACUCUGGAUGGCAGAUUGGAAGCAUUAGGUUUGGUGGAAAUGAGUGGUGUGACAAUUUAUGUGUAUGGGGAAAAUGUGUAGCAUGAGUGUGUGUAAUUCAAAAAUUCCCUACUGUUAAAAAAGUGAACUUUAUUUGUUAAUGGAUUAUAUCAAAGUUACUUCAAUAUUUCUAUCUGUUUUUAUUUGUAUUUUAGGUUUUUUGUUUGUUUGUUUUGUUUUAAAGAAUGAGUUGGGAAUAUUGAUAUUGAUUACCUGUGGCUGCCAGGGUUGUAGUUUUUCCUGUUAAGAUGCACAUGCAACUUGUUUGCACAGUGGUACUGAUGAUGGAUGGACUUAAUCUCACAAGGCUGAAACCAAAGCUAUAUUUAAUAAGAUCCUUUUUUUUUAAAAAAAAGAAAAGAAAAACAAAUUAAAGUAAGCUAUACCAUUUA